CGUACAACAUAGUGCCUGCUGCGCCUUGCUUGAGGUCCACAGGUUUGGGGGUCUUGAACUUGUGUGAUGUUCUGCAGGCGCGCGGUGUGGUUGAAUCAGCCUGUUGAGCCAUUGAGGUUGCCGAUUAGUUUGUAGGUUAGGAUCAUUAGCGGUACCCGUUGUUUCGUCGCAUUGUGAACGGUCUAGGAACCGACGCCUUCCUUCAGCUUAUGACUUCCCUGCUUAUUCGGGCUCCGCAGUUUGAGGCGUCGUUUACGGAAUAUCGAUAUCCCUUUAGCUGUGAAAUGGUGUUAAACAUAUGAUUGGAUAGUACGGUUGACCGACAUUAUAGCCACAUUGAGUUUCGAAAGGUGGUAUUAUCAGCUCCACCCUUAGAAGUAUUGGCUGUGGGCGUUAUUUAUUCGACAGUCCUCCACCGCCGCACUUGCCGUGUACUCUGUCGGCCCUGGUGUGCCGUCUUUCUUCCGCGGUGCUGCUACCUGUAUGGCAGAGCGCAGCCCUGCGCGACCCCCGACAGCCCCCCUUGUGUCCGCUCCGCUGCCCGUCGAUUCCGAUUGCCUCGCGAUUUCCCCGCGGUCUCUGUCACCGCCAACCCCGUCGCUGCAGCCUGCGUGCAUUCCUCGGCGCGUGAAGGCGUCCGGAGCCGUCGACAGUAGUGAGCAGCGUGCCCGCCAUCGCAGGCCACGGGUUCCGAAGUGGGAUCGGGAGGAGGCGGACGAGGAGGAGUCGUUGGCGGGCGGCAGCAGCGUGGCUCCCAGUGAGGGCAGCGGCGGCAGCUGCGAGCCCUGGAGCAUGGAGGACCAUUCCGCCGCCACUGCCACUGCCACGCCCACACCGCCCCUGGCGUCAGCGUCGCCUGACGCGGGGCUAGACGAGCUUCUCGCGGACUUCGCGCAACUACUAUCCAGCUCGCACAAGCUGUUCCAGGCGGGCGCGGAGGAGGAGGCGGGCAGCGAGGGGGCGGCGGAGGCGUCAGGGCUGGCGGAUGACGCGGCGGCCGUGGGGCUGCUGCUGCCGUCGCGGUCGCCCAACUCGACGCUGGCGGAUGGCGAGAGGGAGGGCGAGGGCGAGAGCCAGUGGGAGCGCCGCAUCCGCAACGUCACGGACUGGUCCCGCCGCCCUGCCAGCGCGUGCGGCCGCGUCACUGUGCGCCCGUCGUCCGCCGCCGCGUCCCCGUCGUCCCGCCUGUCCCCCCAGGAGCAGUGUCUGGACGACAGCCAGCUCUCCAUGCCGCGCCAAUUCACCCCCGACGUCUUCUCCGCGUCGUCGCCCUUCUCGUCGCCGUCCCGCGCGGCCCCGCGCUCGCUGUUCGACGACCCCAUGCUCAGCGAGUUCUCGUCCUCGCACUCGCACACGCGACUCAACCCCGACCGCUCCGCCGCUGACGGGCCGGCCGCAGGGGCGGACGGCGCUGGCGGCGAGGAGGAGGGGGAGCAAGGGGAGGAGGAGGGAGGGGAGGGGGAGGAGGAUACAUUGAGUGAGGAGUUGGAGAAGGAAGCACGGGCGGUGUCCGGGGCGUCCCCGGAGCACUCUGGGUCGUCGUCGCCCAACAUCCUGGUGCUGGACGCGUCCUCGCACCCGCGCGCCGCCACCGCACACUCCUCCAUGAACAUGGGCCUGCCGCCCCGCCGCACCGACCACCACAGCAAGGCGCCCGUGUCCUUCACGGGCGUCGCCCCGCGCGCUGCCCAGUCCGUGCCCUCCUCCCCGCCCGUCACCGCGCUGCCCUCCCCCGACCGCGCCCUGGCCGCCGCCAGGGAGCGCGACAAGGACUCCACGGCGCGCCUGCGCGCAGUGGGCCGCUCCGUCAGCAUGAAGCUCUUCCGCUCCGUCGGGGCCGCGGGGGCCGCCGGCCCAGGCGCCAGCAGGCCGCCGCUGCCACGCGGCCUGCAGGGGCAGAAGGGCGGGUCGGAGAAGGACAAGGAGAAGGGCGGCGGCGUGGGUGGCAGCAGCGCGAACGCCGUGGUGAGCUGCCCCGAGUGGGAGCAGCUGUACGGGCUGGCCAAACGGAUCGCCAAGGACGCCAGCCUCGCGCAGUGCGGCAGCGCUUACAGGAGUGCGCGGCUGGUGGUGCUGCAGGAGGCGGUGCAGGCGGUGGGCGUGGAGUCGUUGGAGGGGCGCGACCUGCAGUCGCUGCCGUGGGGCGACAUGGAGCAGGUGCUGCGCAGAUGGCUGCACGACACACAUGCUCUGGUGGCGGUGCAGCUGGACGGCGAGCGGGCGCUGUUUGCGUCGGUGAUAGGGCGUCUGGGCGUGGGGACGCUGGGCGUGUUCACGGCGCUGCUCACGGACUCGGGCCUCGUGGCGGCGCUGCGAGUGCUGGCGGCCAACGCCAGCGCGCUGCUGGCGACGCCCAACCUGCCGGAGAAGCUCUUCGCCUACCUCGACGCCUUCUGGCUCUGCCGCUCCUCCGUUGCCUCCGUGGAGGAGGCGGCGAAGGCAGCGGAGGACGCGGCUCUGGCGGCGGCGUGGGUGGAGCUGCCGGGCAGGCUGGCGAAGGCCGCCACGAGCUGCAUCGACGAGGUCGUCACCAUGCUGCGCGCCUCCGCAGGCACCUCUACUGCCCUCGCCAAGCGCUCCAUGAGCCACCGCCUCAGGUUGAGUCGGGGCAGCAAGGGCAUGGAGUCGAGUGGCGAGGGGCAGGUGGACGCCACAGUGCACCCCAUCACGAGCUAUGUGGUCAACUACGUGCGCCAGAUCAUGGACAAGCACAUAGCGGGCAGCUACGGGUGCAUACUGCAGGCGGUGAUCGAGGAGCACUUCCCCGAGCGCACCAGCGUGGAGGCGGUGGGCAUGAAGGUGCUGGAGGCGCUGGAGGCCAACCUGGAGGGCAAGGCGCUGCGCUGCCACGACGACACCACCAAGACGCUCUUCUUCGUCAACAACUUCACCUACAUCUGCAACCACCUCUCCGAUUCGCCGUUCAAGUGCACACAGUCUUUCAAACAGAAGCAGGAACGCAACGCCGAGACCUUUGCCACUCUAGCCCUAUCCAAGCUGCAUGGGGCUUUGGGUCCCAAGGGCCACAGCCAGGGCUACGACAGGGGCGAGAUUCGCAACAGGUUGAAGCGGUUCAACCGGCUGUUUGAGGAGCUGGCGCUGCAGCAGAAGGACUGGGUGAUCACGGACGACAAGAGCCGCAAGGAGGUGCGGCGCCUGCUGGGCGCGUCCAUCAAGGACCACUACAUGGACUUCCUCACGCCGCACAGGGACGUGUUGACGGACAUCCCCACGUACCAGUGGACGCCUGACGGCAUCGAGCGCAUGGUGCUCAAGUCGUUCCUGCUGGGCCGCGGGGCAGUGCCCUUUGCCACCUCCAUGUGACGCGCACCACGCCACGCCAACCCACCCACGCCACCAUGCCACUCGCACCGUCAUCCCCCUCCCCCCGUCCAACUGUCCCUGAGUCCGUUUUCAUGCACGGAAGUAGGCCGUCCGUGGCGGCUAACACGCUGAGCCAUGUGCUGGGUGGGUGCCAUUGCUGCCUUGCCCCGUGCAGCCAUGCAGCCAUGCAGCUAUGCAGCUAUGCAACUGACCGUGGCAGGGGCAAACACAGCUGGAGUAAUGCAGUGCAGGCACACAUGCGGUGGGGAGUUAGAGCACGCAGAGAGGUAGACGGAGCAGUAGAAUAAUGGGGCAUGGGGAUUAGGCUGCUACAAGCAAGAGUUAGGCGAUGGAGCGUUAGGUGACAUGGAGAAAGGAAAUAGCAAAUCAGGUUGCUGGGAGGAAAAGCAGAGGUGAUGAUAAGGCAGAAUCCGAUAAGUGUUUUGGAUGUGGGAUGGAGAGGGCCCCAAGUGCAGGUGAUGUUGUGACAUGCUGAGGCAAAACGGGUACAUGGGGUGCAAAUUAGGCAGCAGCAGGAUAGGUGAUGGAUGAGGCGGUGCAUGGUGAUGUGGCAAGCGGACAAGUCGUGAAGCAAGCAGUGCUGCAGGGGAGAGAAGAGCGCCUGCACACAGGAAUGCAGAGCAGCGUCUCCCAUGUGCGUGCUUCCAAAUAACCCGCCAGUUCGUAGAGUGUCUAGCUAGAGUGUGCAUAUCUGGAGCACUCCGAUGUUAGUGUGGUUUAUAUCACUGUAUGAUGUAGCCGACCAGCAUGAUAGACCCUACAGGGCUGAAGCUCUCCACACCGCUGCCACCCCGAGAGGGUCG